UCUAUGUGUUGUCAAAUCUGAAUCUCAAAUUGUGUCAAAGGAAAUCUCGUACUUCGUACUCAUCUAAUGUGUUUACAAAUUUCUUUAAAUACUUGAUGAAUCCAGUCAGAGAAGAGUUGGAACUAGAAGGUGCCCCGACUCCAGAGACAGAACUGAACCCUGAGCUGAACAUGGACAAUAUUUCAAAAAAAUCCCACAGCCAGUCACCAAACAAGAGAGUUAAAUUUGGUUACAUCAAAUAUGUCAGUUUAAUUGUGUUGACUGUUCAAAACGCAGCACUUGGACUUAGCAUGCGGCAUGCUAAAACAAGAGACGUAGAAGAGAAAUUUUCGUCGGCUGCUGCUGUGGUAAUGGCAGAAAUAGUAAAACUAGUCAUUUGCAUAUGUCUCGUAAUGCAUGAGUCUGGAGGAGUUAAAACAGGCGUCCAAUCUAUGUAUUCUACAGUUGUUUUAAAUAUUAAGGAUACAGUGCGUGUUUGUGUACCGUCAUUUUUAUACAUACUACAAAAUAACUUGCUUUACGUAUCGGCGGCUAAUUUAGAUGCGGCCACGUAUCAGGUAACAUAUCAAUUAAAAUUAUUGACAACAGCAUUUUUUGCUGUUAUUGUUUUAAAAAGGCAACUUAAGAAAUGGCAAUGGGGUGCCUUGGGUUUAUUAGCUGCUGGAGUUGCUGUCGUUCAGCUAUCUUCUACUGAUGCUAAAUCAUCGAAUUCUGAAGACAAGUUAAAGCAAUCCAAAUUAAUUGGAUUCGGUGCUGCUUUGGCAGCAUGUUUCAUAUCGGGAUUUGCUGGAAUUUACUUCGAAAAAGUUUUAAAGGAGUCCGAUAUUUCGGUAUGGAUGAGGAAUGUUCAACUCAGCUUAUUGUCACUACCGUUUGGAACUGGAACAUAUCUAAUACAAGAAGGAACUUUAAAUAAUAUGUUUAAAGGAUUUGACGGCUUCAUAUGGUAUUUGGUGAUCCUGCAAGCAGCGGGAGGUCUCAUUGUAGCCGUUGUAGUAAAAUAUGCUGAUAACAUACUAAAAGGUUUUGCGACGUCUGUUGCGAUCAUCAUUUCAUGUGUAGUCUCAAUGUAUCUUUUCAGUUUUGUUUUAACUGUUCAAUUUGCAUUUGGCACAGCCAUGGUUAUUGGUUCUAUAUUUCUUUAUGGUUAUGUUCCAAAAAAGCCAGUUCGUAGGACAUCGUUGAGUGUAUGAUAAAUACACGAAGAGCUCCAGUAAUAAACAGGGUCAGGUAUAUUAUGGUUUUGCUUGUAAAUAGUGCAAAUGUUUAGAAAUAGGGAAUAGGUACGCAUACAAAUUUUUUUAUUUACUGUUGUUUGUACAAAUGAGCAAUUGAAGUACAUAAACAAAGUGAAGUAAUUAUAAAAUUUAAAAUCCUACUUAACUUUGUGUUUAUUAUAGCUCAUUCUUCAGUUUACAGUUCCGACAUACCGCUACAAAAAAUAUCAAUAGUUACUAAGAUAUGUACCCAGUUAAUUACGCCCAUGCACGUCGACUGCUGGAUAUAAGCUUCCCCAAGGUUCGCCACAAUAAUCGAUCUUGCCCAACCUGCAUCCUACGGAUUCCCGCGACUUUAAAAUAUAUCGUCAGUCCACCUCAUAGGAGGCCUACUCACGCCGCGCUUUCUGGAGAACUUCUCGGCCCUAGCAACCAUCUGUUCUACAAGCCUGCCUACCUACCUGCCCACUGCCACUUCAAUCUUGCAAUUCUUCGGGCUGUCAGUUACCUUGAUUCUUCUGCGAAUCUCCUCAUUUCUGAUUCGAUUUCGCAG